UCAGUGCCUCAUGGCUGUCCCAGGAUCUGCGUGGGGGGCGCGACAGCCCGUUUGUACCAUCCCAUAAAGUGCUCUCGGCUGCCUGGAGGAAAGGAAGAUGCAGGCUGGUGUGAGCCCAGCCUCUGCUUUACAAUCUCUUUCCUGCCACUAUAAAUAACCUCGGCGAGAGUCACUUCAAAGGGAAGGGCUGGCGGCGCAGAGGUGGUUUGGGGACCGAGCAGGACAGGGGCGUCCCACUGCCCGAUCCCACCCCGGCGCUUUGCAUAAAUAAAUAAAUCAUGCAGCAAGGGGAGAGGUGGAGAGAGAGGGCGAGCAGAGGAGGUUACUUUGGGAAGCCGCGCAGCUCGCUCAUCCCAGCCCCGUAGUUCGGAGGGAGUGUGUCAUGUUACAGGGGAGCCACGAUCAGUCAGAGCACAACGUCGCCGGAGCAGCUGAGAAUUACCUCUCUCUAAUGGGGACUUUCAUGUGCGAGCUCCUUGCCAGUCUGCGAAGGAACUGAAACUGACAGCUUAGAAAGAAUCAAAAACCUACCAGCGAACCAAAAGACUGAAAUAGAAGGAAAAAAAACAGGAGGGAAAAAAAAAAAUCUUGAUCAGAUUAUUUUUCCCCCCUCGCAUUCUUUGCUGCAGUUGGAUCCCUUUUUUCUGCACCCCUUUUAUGUGUGUGUGGUUUGUUUUUAUUUUUUAAAGACACCCCCCACCCCAUCCACUUUUGUCAUUAUUGCUGUCACUUCUGAUUUGCUGGCACUGGGAUUCCCUUCGACGUUCUUUUUCUAUGCCUUCUGGAUUGUGCGUCUUGGAGUAGGAGUGAAGCUUUAUUUAUUCUAUUUAUUUAUUUAUUGUUUCUCAGGACAGGGAGGGAAUGUUGGAGGAGAAGAGCUGGAAAGGAGUCGACGAAGCAGCUUUUGACAGGGGGUGUGUGGCUCCCCCCAGGAGUGGCGAUGGGGAGAGAUGCUGCCGCCUCCCUCUCCUGCUGGGCUCGGGGCUGCCUGGCGUGUCCCUGCUCUCUCUGGUGCUGAGCCUCCUGCUGUACUUUCGGACCUCCGAUCUGCAGUCCCGGGUGUCCCACUUGGAAGCAGACAGACCCACGCAGCUCCCUGCCUGGCUCUCAGCAGACCAAAUGGAGACAGCUAUUUUGGGAAGAGUUGACCAACUGCUCAAUGAGAAAUUAAAGUUCCACUUGCCAAGACAUCGAGAAGUUCGAGACACAUACCAGCGAUGCAACUGCCCGGCAGGUCCACCUGGGGACAAAGGUGCGAUGGGAAUCCCUGGGCGGCCGGGACUAAAAGGGCAAUCUGGAGAGAAGGGUGCUCCAGGAGAAGCUGGCAUGUCCGUCAUCGGGCCCCGCGGUCCACCCGGACAGCCUGGAACAAGAGGUUUUCCUGGAUUCCCGGGCCCUAUUGGCUUGGACGGCAAACCGGGGCAUCCUGGACAGAAGGGAGAGAUGGGUGUUGCAGGUCCCAGGGGACAACCUGGACCCCCAGGACAAAAAGGAGAGAAGGGUCAGUGUGCAGAGUACCCGCACAGGCUGCUGCCUCUCCUCAAUUCAGUGCGGCUGGCUCCACCUCCGGUCAUAAAGAGACGCACUUUCCAGGGUGAACAAGGACAGGCGGGGAUCCAAGGUCCCCCGGGGCCCCCUGGUCCACCAGGGCCCGCUGGACCUGAAGGAAUCCCAGGACGUCCUGGACCAAUUGGACCCCCUGGCAGAGCAGGAGAACCUGGAAAGCCUGGCAGAGAUGGGAAGGGCUUACCUGGGCCUCCUGGACCAAAGGGAGACGCUGGGAUUCAGGGAUACCCUGGCAGAAAGGGUGAGGUGGGCGAGUCAGGCCUGCCCGGUGCCCAUGGCCUCCCUGGAGCCUCUGGCCCCAAGGGUGAAAAAGGGGAUGAUGGCAUAAAGGGGGAGAGAGGCAUGCCAGGGCUGCCAGGAAGACAUGGCUCUAAGGGCGCUCCCGGGACGGCCGCCGCAGGGAUGAAGGGCGAGCCUGGGACUCCAGGAGAAAAGGGUGAAAAGGGACGAGCUGGUGAUCCUGGGAUUCCUGGGCUUCCUGGCCCAAAGGGAGAGAAGGGAAUUGCUGAGAAUGCCUUGGUGGGAGCUAAAGGAGAACCUGGCCCUCCAGGUCUGCCUGGACCCCCUGGACCAAAGGGAGAAGCUGGUGACGUUGGUCAGCCUGGUGCUGCAGGAUCACCGGGAGAAAAGGGGGAACGUGGUUCACCAGGAGACCAGGGACCCAUGGGCCCAAGGGGCCCCAAAGGAGAGCCUGGGAAGGAUGAAAUGAUGGACUAUGAUGGGAAUAUCAGUGAGGCUCUCCAGGAGAUACGAACUUUGGCCUUGAUGGGACCUCCAGGACGUCCAGGUGUGGCUGGACCUCCAGGACCACCAGGACAGAAGGGUGAAAUUGGCUUGCCAGGUCCUCCAGGCCACGAUGGAGAAAAGGGACCACGUGGCAAGCCUGGAGAAAUGGGCCCUCCUGGGCUUCAGGGACUGCCAGGAAAGGAUGGACCUCCUGGGAUAAAGGGAGAGCCAGGCCACGUCGGGGUCAGAGGAGAAAAGGGCGAUAAGGGAGAGGCAGGACAAGCAGGCUCACCGGGUCUAGAUGGCCCCACUGGAGAGAAAGGAGAGCAAGGUGACCAAGGGAUACCAGGACCAUCAGGAUUGCCAGGGCCCAUUGGACUUCCAGGACUGACAAUAACUGGGCCCCCUGGACCUCAAGGCCCUCCAGGACCUCCAGGUCUUCAGGGUGUCCCAGGACCCAAGGGGGAAGCAGGGAUUGAUGGAGUGAAAGGAGAGAAGGGUGCCCAGGGUGAAAAAGGAGACAGAGGGCCACUGGGAUUACCCGGUGCUUCAGGUUUAGACGGCAGGCCUGGACCACCGGGUAUUCCAGGACCAAUUGGGGUUUCAGGACCAGCAGGACCAAAAGGAGAAAGGGGCAGUAAAGGAGAUCCUGGAGUUGCAGGACCAAUGGGGCCAGCAGGGCUUCCUGGUUUACAAGGUCUGCCUGGUGACAAGGGAGUCCGGGGGGAGAGGGGCAAGAAAGGCUCUAGAGGGUCUAAAGGGGAUAAGGGAGACCAAGGAGCACCUGGAUUAGAUGCACCCUGUCCGUUGGGAGAAGAUGGCCUUCCAGUUCAAGGCUGCUGGAAUAAGUGAUGAUUCUAACCCUGGACUGACCUGUGUGUGUUACUGUACAUAGAAUAUUUAUUUUUAUAUGGUGUUCUUCUCUGAAAUGCCAAAAGUUACGCAUUUUUACAAAUUAUCAAAAAGUGGCAUAUUUUUUUGUACAGAAAAUACCAGAUCUCCCUUUUCCCCCAUUUGCAGUUCUCUGUAUGAUUCUAUGUCUGUAUUACGCUUGUUUUGUCAUGGAGUACAGCUGUAAUAUUUACAUGAUAUUUGUGCACACAUGGCGAGUAUAGGAACUUAAUAAAUUAUUGCAUUUAAAGUGCCCAAAGGAACUGCCUUGUAUAGAUUUAAAGGUAAUUUUCAUUUUUCAAGCUGGAUCAUUCAAGAAUAUUUCGAAAUAUUAUGUAUUUUUUAUUAAAGUGAAAUAUUAACACUUCUGUUGUGAUGAAUUAAAGUGUUGCUGAAAAACCCUGUGCACUGGGAAUGUAGAGACAUCAUGAUUACCAAUUAUCCCCCCAUGAGCUGGAAUGACCCUCAUAACAAGAAGCCAUGGUUGGCAAGAAAUUCUUAUCCCUUUCUAAAUUGUAGGCUUUCAAGCAGCUUAAUUAAAGCCUUAUUUAAAAUUAAGCAUAAUGCACCAUACCUUGAUAUCCUAACAAAUGUUUGUAAAAUCAAUCCAUGUGGCUUUUUAAAAUGUUAACCAAAGGUUGCAUGCAGAUUUGCAGAGUGUGUAAUUAUCAUUUGCAUAUGCACAUCUAAAUUAUUCUUCCUGACCUGCCUUUGUUGAUGUCUCAAGUCUAAACUACCCAAAGAGGAAAACACUACCAGACUAAAGUGAACAUAACAGCUUUCCUUAGGAUAUAAGAGGGAAAGUAGAAGGUUAAAUCUAUUCCCUAAAACAUGUCCACUUGCCUUAGCCCUUCACACAGGGAGCAAAGGCAACGCAGGAGUCUCAGCUACCAGGAUUUAAUGAUCCCAAAGGAGAAACACAAGUGGUGAUUUAUUAGUGGGACUGAUCCACUGAGUCCUGCUCUUUGCAUGAUGCUGCCACUACAACAUGGCUACAGCUGUGCCAGUGGAAGGGGUCACCACCAUGAUACUCCCUAUACUCCACUGUUCAUCUGUUCACAAACUAUUAAUCAGGUAUUUUUCCAGAAGAUUCCAUGCAGUCUUUCAGCACUAUCAUAAUAAAGUGACAGAGUAAGGGAUGUAGUUCCCUUGUACACAGGGAAAGGCCAGCAGGGGACUGCCCAAGGAUCCCAUCCCAGCCUCUGACUGCUGCAAUCCAUCUGGCACCUCACCCUUCCAGAAAUUUACUGAAUUACAUCUAAAAACCAGUGAGUUUUCCACUGCCCUGUGUCCUUAUCCUCCCCACCCUGCAGUCUGUUCCAACUCCAGUGCCCUCACAGUUAGGAAACUCCUUGCAACUUUCAACCUAAACUAAUUAAUGGUAUUUACAACCAUUUGUUCUCAUGCCAACAUUGUCCUUGGGAUGAAACGUUUCCACGCAUGAUGUUUUCAUGAGAUGCUGGGUGUACUGGAGCUGAAACGGCACAAAAAUAAAAUGAACCACAGAGCACUGAGGGAUUCUCCCUGGAUUUCUCAGUAAUAGAUGUCGUUAGUGUAAGCCCCAGUUCCAUGUUAAAAGGCCGUGCAGCUGUGAAGCUGAGCUAAUUGGAACAGCUAAUGUUCCAAUUGUGUUUUAAUUGCACACCUGUUAAGCAAUUACUAAAGUCCCAGCCAAGCGUAUUCCUUGUACUUUGGGUUUGGAAGGUUGUAGCAGUAGUAGGGAGUUCCUGCUCUGAUCUUGAAGCAUUCAGCUGCAAGGUAGGGUGCCUGAAUGCUUCAAUCCCUUCUACAAAUCCUGGCUAUUCUUAAUCCUUAAAAAUAUAGAGAUUUCUAGGAGAAGCUGCCAAUGCUUUCUGUUCCCUUUGGUCUUUGUAGCAUGGUUUAUGUGUAGCUGGUUUUUGUGUAGCAUAGUUUUUGUGAUUGCACUGCAUGGGAUUGUUGUUGGUUGUUUAUAUCUGAUCUGAGAACACAUCUGCCACCUUGUCCUGACACAGCUCCUGGAAGGUGAUGCUGUACCUGUUUUAUUUCUUGGGCUGCUUUUGAUUGCUUUAUUUGUGAGAAAGCUCUUGCCUGAGGGGUAAGGGACCUUGAAGUGAAAUUGCCAGAACACUUGAUAGUACCUUCUGACUUGGGUCAGAAACGAUUUACCUACUAUGGGGAAAAUGUGGGCUACCCACUCAUUUAAAGGUUGGAUUAAUGGUGACAAAUGUUCCCUGUGGCGGAUUAUAGCCGGGGAUGUUAACUGAAGUGCCAGAUAACCCAUUUUGGAUUGCUGUUCCACAGCCCCAAUACUGAUACAGUCUCAUCAGCUGCUGGAGGGCUCAAAUCAGUGAUACCACACUGACCUGCUGCUCUUAUCAAACCUAAGCUCCUUACACGUCCAAAAAAACCCAAGUGGGGCAGCUGAGUUUGUACCACCCUGACUGUGGCAAUUUAGUUUCAGCUCUGUCCCUACUAAAACCUGUAACCAGGCUGCCAUUGCUGUGGAUUCCUGUCAAUUCUGCCUCUUUUCACAUGAAACCUUUUGUCUGCCAUUUCAAGGGCCAAACUCCUUGGCUGAUAGCCAGAAAGUGAGUCUGGGGCUGGAGAAGCUUGGGAAAUGGCAGCACAGUGAAAGAGAAGGAGGACCUUCCUGAAGAUUUGCUGGACAUGUUUUGCAAGUUCCCUCCCUGAAGCUUGGGAGGAGUUCCUCAGCAGUGCACUAGGAAUGUGUGCCCAGAUGCUGGGGCUGCAGGAGCUCGGUGUGCCAGCACUUUCUGCUUUGCUUUCUGUUUUGUCCCAGAGUGGCACGGGUUGAGAAUGGCAAAAUUAAUAUUCUUUGGUCAUUUUCACUUCAAUCUACUAUUGUGGUCAGACUCUUCAGAUGAAGAAUUAGGCUAAUUUUCCAGCAGCACUCAUAAAUGAGUGCAAGACGUAGACAGUAUUUCUGGGAGGUGAUCCUUUGAUCCAAGAAAGAAACCCUUCUUGAACAUUUCUCUUUAGAGAAGCAGAGAAACCCUAGAACUGUGUUCAGUUCAGAGUGCUGCUCAGAGAGGAUAACACUUUUUGCUACCAUUUCUGGUUACCAGGUGACAGUCUUCCACCUGUAUCAUUGAUGAUUCCAUCUUUAACCUUUUCAUCACAAACUUUCUUCUCCUGUUUAAUUAUAAGGAAAUUACAUUGGUUUGUUUGGGGUUUUUUUAAACCAUACUGGAUUCUCAUGGCAUGAAAUACGUUAUCAGAAAAAUGUGGAGUGUGGAAAAAGUCUGGUUUCACUGACUAUUUCCUUAGCUUCCUGUACUUGUGCUUUGGUCUCCACUGCACCCUCUGGAUGUACUUUGUCUGGAGCCCUCCAGAAAUGUUUUCUGCUGGCCCUUUUGUGAGUACAUCUCUGCAGAUGUACAUCCAGAUGGAAAAGAAGGAUCACAAAAGUUCAGUUACAUGUUUUUAUAUGUUCACUAAAGGGAAACGAAGACUUGGCAAAGUGCUGAGGGAUUCAGAGGAAGUUUCCCAUCUGCCUGAAGGGCAGAAUGUGCAAUCCUGGAUACUUCCUACUAUCUGCCAUGCAAAUCUGGCAUCCUUUACUCAGCCCCUACUGCUGAAGGCUAACUUGUAAGCUCAAGUGUCUUUCCCCCACAGCUCUUGCAAUUUAUUAAAAAAAACCCUAAACUUAAAAUAAGUGCCUAUGUUUUGAACAUGACAAAACCUCUCUACUUUCCUGAGUGCAUUGGGAAUCCCGUUUGCCCAAGAACUAAGGGAGUGAUUCCUUGCUGGUCUAAAUGAUGCCAUUUGCAUAUUGAAAUACUUGGGUGAGCCAGGGCCAUUGUUAUUAGAGCUAAUGAAUGAUACUAUCUCAAUCACUGUGCUAAGCAAUUCACAUUACAGCUGGGGAGAAAGUGCUGAUUUCAAGCUCAAAGGGAUGCCAUUAACCCAGAGCAAUCCCAGAUUCAAACACUCUUUGUCAGCUCAAGUGGAAUCAUUCUGAUCUUCUGAUAAGGACACCUGUACCUGACAUCCAUCUCCUCUCCAAUGCACAGAAAGUUAAAAUAAGUCCAGGUUUGCAAAGAUUGGGAGAAAAGUCUUACUUUCAUGUUCAUCUGAAGAAUUGCAGAUUUUUUAAAUUGAGUUUUCUAACAGAUGUGUUCAGGAAAUAGAGUAGCAGGGGAAGAAAUUGUUUCAGUUGGGAACCAGACUGGUGGAAAGAUUAAUUUAUUUUAUUUGUUUUUUUUGGUUCUUUUUUUAAAAAUUUUUACUUUUUUGGGGUGGGCAGAGGGAGAACCUGACCAGAACUGCAGGCGGUAGGUGUGCAUUUUUCCUUCUUUUUAAUGAAAACCAUUAUAUAUAUAGUUUGAUAAUGUUACUUUCACUUUUUGUUAAUGAUUUUUGGGGGCAAUUUGUUUGCUCUAUUCUGUUUUCUUUUAAGUAUAUUUUUAAUGAACUUUUGGAAUAAGUGCAUAGAAGUUCCUGACCCAAAAUGUCCUACGGACAUUCCCGACGUGUUUUUUCUCCUCACGUUCAGUAGUGAAAAGGUGCUUUCUAUCAGCAAAUGCGUUUUUAGUGGGGAUAAACGUAUCCCCAAAGGCCACACCUAGGGACCAGGUGCCAGUGACCUCUCCCAGACAAAACGCUCCCUCCCUUCAUUUACAUUUACAAAGGUCGAAAGGGCUAUGUUAGGGACCAGCCGAUUGGAAGUGGUCUCUUCUCACCUUAGAUGGUCUGUCUGAAAGCAGUGAAGUCUGGCAAGAGUCACUGUGUCCUCUUCAGCAACCUUCUACAGCCUGGAAUAGCAGGCUUGGCUAGAAGGAGCUGGAAAAUUAAAUUAGGAAGACGUUUAUUUGAAGAUGGCAAGUUCUUGGAGGGUACCUGCUCAAGUGUUAUUGUCUGUUGCUAUUGUUUUCCCUCCUCUGAAUCCAGCAGCACACUCGGGUUCAAGCUUAGCUUUAGGCUGUGCUUCACCCUGAGCCUAUGUGCAAAUGCUUUGCUGGAUGAAGGGAUCCUGUUUUUUUUACACUUUGGGUUUUUUCUUCCCCUCUUUUUGUCCCUGUAUCUUCCAGAUGUCUUUGAUCCAGACAAAACAACUGCUUGCUUUUCUGCGUUUUCAGAAAAUCUGUUGGUCACGUUUGGAUCAUUUUUCACUCACUGUUAUCUACCCUUCUUGCUAUCCUCCUUUCCUCCUUGUAGGCUUGCUUUGGUAAACAUUUUGGUCUGAUGAGAUCAUUGUGACAAAACAUGAAUUAAGAUUGUAGAUGUUUGUAAUUUAUUUUAGAGUUGACCGUAAAGCUUUUACUGUUUAAAAGGCAGCAAGGGCGGUGUAGUUUUGUAGCUUUCUUACAAUUUUGUUUGUUCUUUUUUAAACGGAGUUAGAAUAUUGCAGAUUUUUUUUCAAGAAAAGCCUAAUUAGCUUUUGUUUUUCCUGCAAAACAUGAGUUUGUUGAACUGCUGUUUCAGAGCUUACUAAGUUAGAUACUAAUGGCAGGUACGAGAGGACUGAUUGUGGAGUGCAACUUACACUUGCUUUCCAUGGUAUGCUGUUUGUCAGUCUCUUGUCUCCAGUGGGAGUUUGCUGGGAGUGUGAAAUUCCAUUUUGUGAUAAUUCCAUUGUUUUUUCACAGUAGUGUUUCAAAAUGUUGCUUCAGUAAAUUGUCCCUUUUGCUUUCCUGCAAAGAUUUGCUUUUACCAUGAUGUUGCACCCCACCAGCAGUGCCACAGACUGAGCAGUUUCAUCUUUUUUUGAACCUUCCAAAGGAAGAGUGUUAGCUCUGUGAAUUCCACAGCCUUUUCUGGGUGAUGUCAGUGAAAAGGAGAGGGGAGACACUUGGCAGCAAGACUGUGCAGGCCACCACAAGCAGACUUCUCCAAACCUGGUCCUUCAGCAUUCAUUCAUGACCUGUCCCAUUCCCACUCCCUUUGCUCUGCUACUCCUUGUUCUCACUCAUCAUUGUAUCCAUAGAUGGCCAAACUAGGGCAGAGCAUUCAUUGUUGUGUUCUGCCCCAUCCCAAAGGGGCUGAGAUGAUCCCCCCCGAUGCAGGGAGCCUCACGCCACCCCAUUCUCACAGCUUUAGUGAUGCAGAAUGAGUUCCAGAUGUUGAUCAGGGCAGCAGUGGGAGGGAGCUCCUGAUUUUUGGGGCCAGCCUGUGGAUGUCAUGGGUCUCCACGCUUCCAUCACCAGUGGGUGCAGUGAGUGGCUGUGGGGUUUCUCUCGAUGCUCUGCCUUGGAGGUGGGUGGGCUGUCCCCCAUCUUGGUGAUUUAGCUCCUCCAAAAAGUCACAUUGAUCCCCCCUUGGCAUUCAGAGUCCUCAGAGCAACAGGAAAUGUGGCCCCGAUGGCCUUUCCUACACCUGCAAUGCUUGUGUCAUUGGCACUGCUCCUGUUUCUCAUCUCUGUGUCACUUGGAUGCCAAACUCUGUGGUACUGGGACAAUUUCUGUCCAAAAUCUGCUCAUCAGCCAGCACCAGACAAACACUAACGACCUGCAGGAGAAUGAUUUCUGAAGCAACUCUGUGUCCUUACAUAUCUGGUUUCCUUGUAUUUUACAAGAGAGAUUUUUCCCCUCUGAUGGCAUAGGAUGUAGAAUAUUUAUUGUAGCUGUAGUAAAGUGAUGAAUUGUGAGUAGACUUGACAGGGCAUUGUUUCUGUGUCUCUCCUAGAGACACUGAUUGAGAUGUUUAAAUCUGAAUAUGUUUUGUACACUUUUUUUUUUCACACUGAGCUUUUCAGCCUGUACAUUGAAUAUCCAAUGUUAUUUGGCAUUGAUUCAUGUAUGUUCUGUGUAUACUUUUGUGCUACCAGUAAUUUUUACUGUCAUUGUGUUGUUUCUAAGACUUUAUUUCAACUCCUUUUGACAUAGUUUAGCUACUUGGAAUUUUCUGGACUUCCACAAAAUUCCACGCUUAAUCAUUGCUAGAAUGAAGAGAACAAAGGGAUGUUCUUUCCCACAAACUUUUCAACCUCUGUAGGAGCUUCUUCAGCCAAAAUGAGCAUCUGACUUUUUCACUUUUUUCUUGUUAUUACAAUAAUGCUGAUUUGUUUGGGUUUCAAUCCAGGGAAUUCUGAAUUCCACGUUGACCAUUCCUAGCAAUAUUUUACAAAAGUAGAGACGACUGUGCCAUAAGGAGUUAUACUGAUCAUAAAAUAAUUGAAAUAUUGUAAUUAUUUGGUGUUUCUUCCUAAAUAUUUUUCCACUAUUAAGUUUUUAAGCAAAUCUUUUCGCAGUGUGAUAUAAGAUUAAAAAAGACACUAAAGGACUAAGCAUUCAACAUGUACAAGGAAAGGGAUUCAGGUAAAUGAUUUCCAUCUGUAUGAGUGAAAAAUAGCUUAGGAAUUUUUGUCAGAACAAAAGCUGCAUUUCAGUCACACAUUUCCUUAAUUAAUUAAUUAAUAAAUCCAGUGAUUUCAACUAAACCAUCCCUGUCCUGGAAACCAGAGAUACACUUAAAGAAUCUCCUGAAUCCACUCCUCAGUAGUAAAUAAAGUUGAGUUUUUGUAAAAGAAAAGUGUUGCUUAAAUAUAGCACCUUCAAAGCAUUUCUGUCUUCUUGUAAAAGAUGGGAAUUUUAUGUUUAACCACCAAGUACUCAUUUAUCAGAUAAUGAAGACAGUGCUGAUAUUAUCAGAGGUGCUGGUUUAUAUUGUGAUAAAAACUGCUAUGCAGAACUGUAUCUUAACUGUUUUAAUACCUUACCUUAGUAAGGUAUUUACAUUAAUUAUCUACAUUAGGAGAAAAAAAUAUGUGAGAUUUUAAGAGGAAGUUUGGGGAAUGGGUUUUUGGAUAACUAAAAGUGGGUUAAAAAAACAGGCAGGAGGUUACAAAAAAUAUCUCUGGCUGGGGGGUGGUUGUAAUGGUAAACAUGACAUCAUAUUUAAAGUGUCAUCCCACUGUUUUCCAAGAGGAGUCUGAUUAAUUCCCCAUGCCUUGUGUUGAAGCUUUACUCCUUUGUGUCAAUGUUUUAGUGAAGUUUCUAUUUUAAUUUAUAAAUUAAAUACAUACACAGAUAGCUAUUCCAUUACAGUCUGCAUUUGUUCCCUACGAUGUACAUACUUUCUUCUCCUUUUAUAAAAAUGCCUGUUUACCUGCA